ACAAUGUUUGUUUAUAAGUUAGCUAGUGAAUUUAAAAAAUAAUAAUAAAAAUGGUGAAAAUAAGUGAUCGUCAUUUGCAAUACAAACAAGUUGUCGUGUCGGCGAUAAAUUUGCUCGGAAUUUCCGAUGAAGAUUUUGAAAAAAAUCCACUGUCAUUUAUUCACAAAAUAGUCAACGAAUACAACAAUGAGUUACGUCAAAAUCACGUCAAUAAACAGACGGUGGUCAAUUUAUAUCACUUACUUUGUUACGAAUAUAAUUCGACAAUAAAUAGUCCAGUACCUGCGUCAUCUGUUGAUUUCGACAAAUCAUUUUUUAAGAAUAUACUCAAUUAUAUAGUCAGCAAUCACCAGAACUCGGAUUCUGAUUCAAUCAAAUUUCUGUACGAGAUAAUUGUCCUGCAGUUGAAACUUUACUGCAGUGUAUCGGAGGUCAGUAAUUUAUUUAAGGACUUCGUCAAACGUCAGCCGUCAGUUAAAUUAAAUGGCACUGAUAUUUAUUAUAAAAUAAUCGAAUGUUUCGUUGAUGCCUUGUGUUUAAAAGAUUCAAUAAAUCAGCAGGAAGUGAUCGAUGACUGUCUGGUAAUUCUAGAAGAUUUGAACCACUGGUUCGAAAAAAUAAAAAGUGAUGAGUGGGACCUUUUUAUUUCAAUUGUCUUUAAAAUAACUCGGGCAUUAAACCAUAGAACUUCUUUGGACCAUUUUUGGGUUUUGAUAUUAAACUUUUCAAAGGACAAUUGGGAAAAUUCAUUAAAAUUGCUAGAUGAUCUGGUAGAUGACGUCUUGGCUUCACCUUCUGUUGAAAAAAUAUCACUGAAUUUCAAGUGCUGUCACAGCGAAAUACUCUGGGAAUUAAUAAUACGGGGACUGAUGUCUCCAGAAGAGCAGCAUCACAAACCUGCACUGAACAGCAUGAAAAAAAUAAUAAAAUUCAUUGAUAAAUAUCAGGUGAUACCCAGUCAAGUAACGAAUAUCGUUCCUUUCAUCUGCUGUCCAAAGUACAGAACAAUUCCGUCAUUUGAAAAGUUGAUGAAUUUUUUUUUUUCAAUAAUCGAGAGCCUUGACCGAAAGCAGGCACAUGAAGUAAUUCCAGCGCUAGUUCGUUUGAAACUACUGGUAAAAUUUCAUGACUGUCAUCUGACAUGUUUCAAUUGCUUCGAUUUUAUCUGGCUCGAGUGUAUUUUCAAACGCGCGCUAUCUCACAAUGAAACUGCAGUAGUCGAAUUAGGAGUAAUUAAUUUAUUACGAUUAAACCCCCAACAUUACUACGAAGAUUUAUUAAUUACUUUAAUUAACGCGUUAAAUUCCCCGGGUAUUUACGAUAACGAUCAGCCAGAAUCAGAGCCUCAGGUCGUAAAGGAAUUAGCAGAACUAUUCGUCAGAGCCGAGUACGCCAACGUUUCUUUGACCAAUCGGUUCAUUUAUCAUGCGUCAAAAAUCACCUGGGAAUUCAUUCCGCUGUUUUACGUCACGUAUUCUCUGUGCAAAUCCGGGCACAUGGUCAAUUACCCCAACGAGUUUAACCGAUGGGCUGAUGAGGAACUGAACGCCUUGAAAAUAAUCGUCGCGAGAAGUCUGGGUGUCCAGUCAACGGUGAAAAAUAUUUUCCUGUUCAAUAUAAUCGAUAUUAUUUACCAUCAUAUUUCAGAUCCAGUUCCCUUUGAUUUUUUAUUUAAAAUUUAUUCAGAACUUGAGUCGUCGGGUACGUCAGCGAGUGUAAUUACCAGUUCACUGCUCGAGCACGUGACGGCUGAUCAGGCAGCUGACUAUGUCCUGGACUGCUGCUCAAAAUUAACUAAAAGUAUUGCGGAAAAGAAAACAGAUUCUUCAGACUUACAAGGAUUCGCGAAAAUGACCGCCCAUUUAUUCGAAGCCCAGCUUAUUUUUCAAUCGUCAGUUUGCCCUGAACUGAAUGCCCUGUCGGGUUUAUUCGACUCAAUAAUAAUCGAUCAAACACAAGAACAUAUCGAUAAAAAUAAUCACACGAGAAUGCUCGAUCUGUUCAAUUGCUUCCUCACGGAAGUUAAGAAAAUUUGCAGCGAGAAAAAUAUUGAUUUCAUGUUCAAUAAAUUUGUUUCUAAUUUGGAGUCGGUGUUGGUGUCAGUAGUGAAUACUUUUGAGGAGCCAGUUAAUUAUUCCUACAAAGAAAUGAAAGUCUACGCGGAAUCUUUUCAAUCAGCGGCCGCACUAACGUCAGUCAAAGCGGAGGAUUAUCGGGAAUAUUUUGGCAAAGUUCAAAAGGCCGUCGAACUUGUGAUCUCUCAGUUCAAAUCUCCCGGGCCUGUGAAUAUUGUCCUGGUAUUUGCUCUGCACAUUAAUUACACUUGCGUUGAAUACUCGCAGAUAAAAGAACACUCCAGCUUUAUGAUGUUGAAAAAUUUGUGCGUCCAGAUAUUUAGGAUCCCAAGGGGUAAGAUCACGCGCGAUCAAUUGAUUUUGAUAUCCUAUUGCUCCGGACUAAUAGUGCGGACUAUUUAUCAGUUUGUUAAUUCACCAAUUGCGAGUACUAUUAACGCUAAUGAAAUAUUGAUCAGUAUUAUAUAUCUAAUUAAGAUUAAGAGUAUUAUUGAUAACGAGACUGUACGAUCGUCGGCGAUGCUCGUCUUGAUAAAACUCAUGGACUUGAGACGUCUGAUGUCCCAUUCUGUAGCCUCCGUCGAGUCAAUUGUUGAUACUUUGUGGAACUACUUGUGGAAAAUCGAACAGAACGAUAAAUUUUUCUGCUACUCCGGUGAAUUUUUUGAUAUGAUAUUCGCACUUUCUACUUAUCCGAAUGAUCUACUUUUCCAGAAAGGCAGAAAAUAUGUUUAUGAAAUGUAUAAAAACAGUAAAAAUAUUCCGCGAUUGAGAAAACUUAUUAUGAAAAAAUUGUUUACUGUUGAGAAAAACGGAUUUUUGAGAUUCGCGAGCCUGAUAAUUAAAAGUUUCCUCUGCGAUCAAGAAAACUCUGAGGAGAAGAGAAAAAACUUUCAGGUUGAAACUUUCGCACUUAAUUUCUGCGACCCCGAAAGAGUAAAUCGAUCUGAAAUGUACGUAAUUUAUCCAGCGAGACUAGUGGUUUUGUUUUCCUUUGUGUUCCGUCAGCAAAUGAGUUGUCAUGUGAAGGAGGCUAUUGAGUUAUUGCUGUCGACACUUGAAGAACAAACUAAUAAGUGCAGUAGUAAAAAUUUAAGUGUGAAAAGUAGAAUUAGAGUUUUGCAAUUGUUGCUGCUGGUCCAACAUAAAUUGCUUAAUACAGACGCCUCACGGAUUCAUGAUUUGAUAAGCGAAUCUAUUAUUAAGGAAACCAAUGAACCGCUGGUGAUGAUGUUGGAACAGUGGUUGUUGAUAAGGAUAUAUUUGAUGUACCCGAAACUCAGGGAAAAUUUGUGGGAUAUUUUUGAUAAGGCUGAGCAACAGAAAUCAAAUUGUAUUACUUCUGUUUUAUUUAUUUUGUAUCAUGUCUCGCAGAAUAUAUUUGUCAAAGAACGUCAACAAAUUUUUAUUUCAAACGUACUAGCGAAACUUGAAUCAUUUCGUUCCGAUAAUCAAUUUGUUGAUCUCUUUUCUAAGAUAGUGCUACAGAAAUUAUUUAAAAUAAGGUCGACGAAUCUCAUUAACGUGUAUAGCGCUUUGGAGUCUUCUGUUAAUGAAAGUUUGUUAACUAAUAAGUAUUAUAAACAAUGGGCUGAAGAUUUUCGAUUCAAAAAAUUCAACCCUUAUGCAAAUUAUUCUCUCCGGACGAUUUUUUAUGAUCUUCCAAGACUGAUGGAUGGGCCCAAAGAAGAAUGGAUAUUACCAAAGUCAUUGGAGUACGAAAUGGUUCAUAGUCUUCCAGAUCCGUUGAUUCGCGUGCCGGUUAAUAAUCCAAACUCGCUAGAAAAUAUCACUAAGAGGCAGAUGGUACAGAUACCAUACGAAAGGUUCGAUAAGCGAGACGAUAACUGUAACAAUGCCGCUGAGAUUAUUGAAGUGGAAUGAAUGGAAACUUAAAGAAAAUUGUUGAAAAAAGUUUACAAGUGUUGAAUAUUCUAAACUUCAAAACGAGACACAAUGACCGAUUUUUAAACUUCUGAAAAUACACAAAAAAAAUUGACUUAAUACACAGAGAGAAAAGAACAGUAACCAUUACUGCGUAGAACAGUAAUCCAGUCAAUUAAAUAAAUAUGAGUAUGGUAAAAUAUGCUUCUACUAUACUUAAUCUUUCUCCCAAACACGUUCAUUGACUGGAUUACUGUUCUGCGCAGCAACGGUUACUGUUUUUUUUUCUCCGUGUACUGCAAAUUAACAUUUUUCAGUGCAAAAUACGUUCAGAAAAAACUGAUCUUAUUAAUAUUAGGAUAUAUAUUAAUUUUUUAUUGAAUAUUCAGAAGUUUAAAAAAGUUCGUCGUUGUGUCACGUUUCGAAUACUCAAUCUUUUUUCAACGAUUCUUUUUACACGGAUGGACCAUUUGAUAAUUCUUCCUGGCUACUCAGUAUUCAACUAAAAAAACUAUUGGUGCUGCAAUUACUUUUUUUUAAAUGGAAUUCAUGGACUGAUUAACGACUUACGCUUAGAGUAUAAGUUUACUAAUAUUAUUUACAUUUGAUACCUCAAGAUAAUAUUAAUCAUGAUUCAUAUUUUUAUUAAAGUGUCAUCAUUUUAUUUUUUUUUAUAUUAAUUUCAAAAAUUUUUUUUAUAUCAGUGACUUUGGUUGAGCUUUAAUCAUUUUUUUUUUUUUUUUUUCAAAUAUCAAAUUAUUGCUACUAUUAGAACUUUAAUUAUUGAGUAAGACAGUGAGU